GAAAAUAAAGAAAUUAGUCAUCUUUUUCCAAUAUAUUAUGCGAUUAAUCCUUAGCUGAGGUCGUUAAUGGAAGUUUAUAUAUAAACAAGUCAUGGUCAUCUCACCUUCUUAUCGAACUAAAGUUUUCAAGAACCUCAAAAAGGAGUAAUUCAUACCGAUGUUGUCUUUUUCUCCCGGUGGUUGGCCUUUAGAGGAUUCCGCAAGCCAUGAACAAAAGAGCUACAUGCACAGAGAUGCCUACACUUGCUAUUCACCACCUCUUCUCCAUUUCCCCUUCUUAUCACCAGCUACACCGUCUCCUCAGGCGGAGCUAGCGUUCAAUCCUUUCGAUAUCCCGUUUGCAGUGGCGAAGGGUGAAGCAACGACGGUCAAGAAGUUGAACCACAACGCCAGCGAGCGUGAUCGGCGGAAGAAGAUGAAUGGUCUGUACUCCACGCUCCGUUCGCUGAUCCCGGCUGCUGAUCAAAUGAAAAAGUUAAGUAUCCCGACGACGGUGUCCCAAGCGCUGAAAUACAUACCAGAACUACAACAGCAAGUGGAGAAACUCACUCAAGAGAAGGAAAAGCUGCUAUCAAGAAUUAAUGCUACCCGAGAUGGAGAUUAUUGCACUAAUCACCAAGAGAUUAGCAACGGAAAAGGCUCGCUUCAAAAUUUGGUGCCAUCUAUCUCCACGACUCGUUUGAGUGAGAGCGAGGUUGUAAUUCAGAUAUGCACCAGAAAGGUCUCGACUCAUAAGACUAUCGAUUUCUCUGAGGUCUUGCUUACCUUGGAUUAUCAUGGCUUCCCUCUAGUAAGCUCUUCCACCUUCGAGUCAUGCGGAGGAACAAGAACAACCUUCUACAAUCUACACGUUCAGGUACUUUACCUUCGUUAAUGACCCGUUAUUUUCUUUGAUUAGAUUUAAACUUACAGAAUUCUCCACGACAUGCUAUAAUUGUAUAGAUGUAUUUGAUAUGUGAAGGUUGAGAGAAGCUCGGAGAUGGAGUGUGAGACUUUGAAGGAGAAGCUGUUAGCAUUAUUUGAUCAUCGGAAGAGGAGCGACAUAAACUUCCCGAGGCAACUUGGGAACCAGAUAUUGUAAUAGUUUCUCCAUUAGUUUUAAGCUUUCGUCAGAAGAACGCUUCAACGAAUUUAUGUCAGUGAAGCCUUUCAACCAGGUGUUUUGAUUAUGCAUUUCUGCACAUCUUUCAUGUACACUGAGAAUGUCUUUAAGCGUAUUUUUGAAGAUGUAAUUUUAUUUUGCCUGGUUCGAAGA